AUGCUUCUCUUUUCCUUGCGCCGACGGCGACUGCGGGGUCACUCGAGGGCAUUGCAUCAGUGGCGCAAAGAGCGGCGGAUUGCGGAGAUUUUGCCGGAUGCGGCGUCAGCAGUGGGUGCCGUGUUGGGCCUGCUUUUCGCGGCGCUGAACUUCCUCUUCAUUCUCCGCAUCGUUAUGUCGUGGUACCCCCGGGUGGGUGUGACUUCAUAUCCCAAGGUAGAUAUCUGUAAACCCUCUCGUCCCCCUCCUUUCGCCCUCUCUUUCCCCUCUCGUCCCUCUCCCCCCUCUCUUCCCCCUCUAUUCUCCCUUUCUUCCCCCUCUCUUCCCCAUCUCCUCCCUCUCUCUUCUCCUUCUCUUCCCUAUCCGUUCCCCCUCUCUUCCCCGUCUCUUCCCCCUCUCUUCCCCAUCUCUUCCCCCUCUCUUUUCCAUCUCUUCCCCCUCUCUAACCAUAUCUCUUCCCCUUCUCUUCCCCCUCUCUCCCCCCUCUUUUCCCCAUCUCUUCCCCAUCUCUCCCCCCUCUCUUCCCCCUCGCUUCCCUAUCUCUUCCCCCUCUCUUCCCCCUCGCUUCCCCAUCUCUUCCCCCUCUCUUCCCCCUCUCUUCCCCCUCGCUUCCCUAUCUCUUCCCCCUCUAUUCCCCCUCUCUUCCCCCUCUCUUACCCCUCUCUUCCCCCUCUCUUCCCCAUCUCUUCCCCAUCUCUUCCCCCUCUCUUCCCCCUCUCUCUUCCCCCUGUCUUCCCCAACUCUUCACCCUCUCUCCGCCCCCUCUUCCCCCUCUCUUCUCCAUCUCUUCCCCCUCUCUUCCCCCUCUCUUUUCCCUCGAUUCCCCAUCUCUUCCCCCUCGCUUCCCCAUCUCUUCCCCCUCUCUUCCCCCUCUCUUCCCCAUCUCUUUCCCCUCUCUUCCCCCUCUCUCCCCCCUCUCUACCCCAUCUCUUCCCCCUCUCUUCCCCCUGUCUUGCCCCUCUCUUGCCCCUCUCUUCCCCCUCUCUUGCCCCUCUCUUCCCCAUCUCUUCCCCCUCUCUUCCCUCUCUCUUGCCCUUCUCUUCCCCCUCUCUUCCCCCUCUCUUGCCCAUCUGUUCCCCCUCUCCUCCCCCUCGCUUCCCCAUCUCUUCCCAAUCUCUUGCAAGUUUUCGCCGGACAAGAUCGCUGUGCCGAAGCCGCUCGAAGGUCGACACGACUUGA